AUGGUAAACGCCGUUGUAGUUGUGUUGUCCCUGGUUUUCCUUUGCGUACAGCAUUUCCAGGCCAAGUCCACAAAAAAAUAUGAAUACAUCAACCUGCUGUCCAGUAAAGACUACACGGACAAAAUAAGAGAACUGAAGAAAUACAGCAUACAAGAUAAAAAUGCGCCAGUUAAGAAUAAAUAUGUUUUCUCGUGCUAUGGAAGUUCAGGGUACCAUAAGAGGAAAAUUUUGGAAAACUUAUUCAACAUAUCAGCUGAAAGGAACAAUUUAAUCAACUUGGGAUUUAAGCAAAAAAUUGACGUGUGGUUUGGGAAGGACCAAAAUAACAACUUGAACGUGGUGCUCGAUGUGGACUUGCUACAGAACAAGGAAUUCUACGAGGACAGUGUGACCACCAUAUAUGACUUUAGAAAAUUAAUCAACUUCAUUGUUGAAUCGACCAACAGUGUCAUUGUGCCAUUGGCCAGUGAGGACAUACAAUACAGCCACGUUCAGAACAAUGGGAAGGAGGAAAAUGCAACGGAAAGGCAAACCCAUUCUGCAAAGAAGGAACAACAGGAACAGAAAAAAAAAACGGGUACCUUUGUUUUACCAAAAAAGGUGGAAAUAUUUUUAAACCAACUGAAUGAGAAGGGGAAAGAUGAAUUAAAAGAAAGAUAUCCCAAUUUGAAGAACAUUCACUUAAUGAAGCAAAACAAAGUAGCCAUUUCCCUUUUGCAAAAAAACAACAUAAAUAAGUACACCUUUUUCGUGAAUAAGCUAACAAAUCUGAUAAAAGAGAUGAACAAUUUUGAAAAUUUUUGCCCCUUCAACGAGAAAUGUGUGUACAAUAUUUACGUAAUUGAAGAGUCAUACAACAAGACGCUAAACCAUUUUGAUGAAAUAAUUGAAGAGUACGAAAAGGAAAUAACUCAGGGGAAGGUCAUUCCAAAUUAUGGUCAGCUUUCUUCCGACUUGAUAAAAAAUUUGCUGCUCUUUUUUCACAUGUUAACUUUUGAACAAACGGGCACAAAAUUUAAAGACACAAUUUUGGAAAAAUUGCAGCAGCGGUUUUUGUCACUGAUACGUAAACAAAUAGUUAAGCAGAUCGUUCUCAUUGAAAAGAAAAUUAUUAACAAGGGGAAAAAUGCCAUUUUAAAUGAACAUGCUAAGAGGGACAAGGAUUUACUCGGCACAAAAGACGAUAAAAUUGCUGAAUUAAAAAAAUCACUAGUUAACACUUUUAAGGAAGAAGUUAACAAGCUAAUUCCAGCCGGAUAUUUUAAUCAAGAAAAUGAUAUUUUUAGCAACUCCAUGAUUACACAAUUUGAAGAACAGUUUGGUGAAAAAAUUGAACAGGCACUACAUAAUUAUUUCCAACUGAAUCAGAGCCCUUUAAAGAAAUUAUUUGAGAAAAAAAAAAUGGCACAAGAGGGACUGACCAAAAAGAACAAGUGGUUUAACCCGUCCCUUAAUUUUAACCUAACCCUAACUUCCCUCGUUAGGAAAAGUGGAUACGGAAAUUUGCAGAGCUACUUUAUUUACGACUUGGGCAUGCUCACCUUCGUCUUUGGGUUGCUCAAUGAUAGGGACACCCCCGAGGUGCAGCAGCAGGGCGAUAAGGUGCCCUUCUUCAAGUUCCAGCCAAAGGUCAACCUCAAGCUGAAUUUUAGCUAA